AGAAAAAUUUAGAAAACUUAUUUGUAGUCAAAUUAUUCCUAAAUAAAUAAUUAGUUCACUACCAUAACCUAUUUUUUUAAUUAAUUUAUCUACUCUAGAAUUUGUAAUCUAUAAUGAUAUGUUUAAAUAGUAUCUAAAUUUUUAAAAAGAUGAAUUUGAAAUCUCUUUUACUAAGAAAACAUUGAUUUAAUUUCAAUCUUAUGGAAAUUAAUAAGUAUUUAUUAAUUAAAUCUCAUGUUUCAAAUUGUUAAAGUGUUUAUUGUUAUUGUAAAGGAUUUAGAGGAGAGAGAAGAUAAGUAAUUGAUAGUAGAAGAAAUAAUGUUGAUAUGAAAAUUUAUAAUUCUGUUUAAGUUAAUAAUAUAUUAAACUUUGCUGAUGGUUCUAGAUAUGAUGGUACAGACUUAUUAUUCUAAUUUUUUAGGGGAAUUCUUCUAAAAUGAUCUGCAUGGAGAGGGAACUUAUAUUUGGCCAGAUAAUAGAGUUUAUAAAGGACAAUGGAAAAAUAAUAAAAUGCAUGGCAAUGGAUAAAUGAUAUGGCAAGAUAGUCGUAAAUAUAAUGGUGUAAUGAUCCUCAUAUAUAAUAGGAAUAUGAAGAAGAUAAAAAACAUGGUAAAGGUGUCUUUGUAUGGUCUGAUGGUAGAAAGUUUAUAGGAACCUGGAAAUAAGGUUGUAUUAUUAACUUAUUUCUUAGGAAAAUUACAUGGAGUUGGAAUAUAUUAUUUAUAAAAUAAAGAAGCUAAAGUUGGUGAAUGGAAUGAAGGAAUAAGAAUUAAGUGGUUUGAAUAAAACGAAGUUGAUUAAUUAAUUGAAGAACAAAAAAUUAAAAGAGAAGAUUUGUUUUUAUAAAAUUGA